AAAAGAUUAGAUGAACUAAGGGAAGAAAAACGGCAGGUAGAUGCAAUUAGAGAAGAAAAAAGAGCUGCCAAGGAAGUGGCAGAAGCUCCAGAAAAAGAAGCCAAGGACAAACACAAAGAAUCAUGGGAAAAAAUCAAAGAACAAAUAAAGGAAGAAAAACAAAGAGAAGAAGCAUCAUUCGCAUUCAAUGAAUUAGAUAUUAAUGAUGAUAAAUUGGUAUCCACAGAUGAACUUCAAAGCCAUCUGGAAUUCGAUGCUGAUAAUAACGGAGAAGUCAGUCACGAAGAAGCUGUAGUAAGUUAUAAAAGGCUUCUAUAA